CAGCCGGCUAACGUUAACAGGCAUACAAAAGAACACGUUAGAAAAUAGUUAGGCAUUUCCUUUGAAGUCACAGGUGCAGUAAACCCACAAAACCAAAUUCUGUAACUUAGAAAUUGAGAUACUAAGGAAAAUACACUUCAUUCAGAUAUAUUUGAUAUGGAUGUAUUCUAAUGUUAGUCAAUCUGUAGUUCCUUUAUAUGAAACUGGAAAUGUAAGAUGAAAUCCUAAAUCCCUUCCUAAGGAAUAAGCCCCAUUGGACACAGUAGUACUUCUAACUAAACCUCUAUAAGGGGUUUUUAGUCCAUCCAUCCAUCCCAAUUGUAUUCCAAAUCAAAGGCUCAAUUAAAGCAUUACAUUCUGAUCCUCCAUACUAUCUCAAAUAUACAAUGGGUCUGUAUAUUCCCUGGUCCCUUUUUCGGGUUUUGAUAUUUGUAGUUUGUUGAGAUUAUUGAACUGGUCAAACCAUGUUCAGCAACAAGAAGGAUUGCCUGUAAGCAUUGUUUCAAAUAAUGAUUUUGAGGUAAUUCCUGUUUAGUGCUAACCAUAGUGUGUCUGAUUUUGGUAUCACAGCAACUUCCAAUUUUUUAAAUAAAGAUAUAGUACAGUAAUCUCAUUUGAAGAAAGCUGUCCUCAUAUGGGCAGGGGCUGUAAAAAUAUUUCUGAGUCCUAGGUGCCGGCAUAUUGUGGAGCCAGCCCAGUAAAGGGCUACAAAAAUAUUUCAGGUUUCUUAGUUCUGGGACAACCGCACAUUUGAGACUUCAUUUAGUUCUUUGUGAAAUUUAUUUCAUUAUUGAAGUUUAAUAAAACUGUAAAAAGAGCCUUCAUAUAUCUUUCUGCCAAUAUGUAUGAUUCAACUGUAUUUGGACUAGAGUUCCUUAAUUCUGUUAAAACAUAAGGAAUUGGUUAGUUGUGUAGGCUGGACAACAGCAGAUGAACUCUAUUCAUGCAGUGAUGAUCACCAAAUUAUGAAAUGGAACUUGUUAAAUGGUGAGACUACGCAAAUAGUGAAGCUUCCUGAUGAUAUCUACCCCAUAGAUCUUCACUGGUUUCCCAAAAGUUUAGGUGGAAAGAGACAAACCCAAGCUGAGAACUUUGUACUCACAAGUUCUGAUGGCAAGUUCCAUUUAAUUUCCAAGACUGGAAGAGUUGAAAAGAGUGUAGAAGCCCACUGUGGAGCUGUACUUGCAGGGAGAUGGAAUUAUGAAGGCACAGCACUUGUUACAGUUGGUGAAGAUGGACAAAUAAAAAUAUGGUCUAAGAGUGGAAUGCUGAGAUCCACUUUAGCACAACAAGGAACACCAAUAUAUUCAGUAGCAUGGGGCCCAGAUUCCGAAAAGAUUCUUUACACAUCAGGAAAGCAGCUGAUUAUCAAACCGCUUCAGCCAAAUGCUAAAGUUCUGCAGUGGAAAGCCCAUGAUGGCGUUAUUCUAAAAGUUGAUUGGAAUUCUGUCAAUGAUCUUAUCCUCUCAGCUGGUGAGGACUGCAAAUAUAAGGUGUGGGAUAGUUAUGGUCGUCUGUUAUAUAGUUCACAGUCACAUGAGUACCCUAUAACUUCUGUCGCUUGGGCUCUGGAUGGAGACUUAUUUGCUGUGGGGUCCUUUCAUACUUUACGACUUUGUGAUAAAACAGGGUGGUCUUAUGCUUUAGAGAAACCAAAUACUGGAAGCAUAUUUAAUAUUGCUUGGUCUACUGAUGGCACACAAAUAGCUGGGGCCUGUGGAAAUGGGCACGUUAUUUUUGCCCAUGUUGUGGAACAGCACUGGGUGUGGAAAAACUUUGGAAUAACGCUAACUAAAAGAAGAACGAUGGAGGUUCGUAAUGUACUUAACGAUGCAGUGGAUUUACUGGAAUUCCGUGACAGAGUCAUUAAGACUUCUUUGAACUACGGGCAUCUAGUAGUUUCAACAUCUCUUCAGUGUUACAUAUUUUCAAUUAAAAACUGGAAUACACCAUUAAUCUUUGACCUCAAAGAAGGAACUGUAAGUUUAAUUUUACAAGCGGAAAGGCAUUUUCUUCUUGUAGAUGGUGGAGGAAUCUAUAUAUACUCCUAUGAAGGACGUUUAAUUUCCUCUCCAAAGUUUCCAGGAAUGAGAACAGAUAUAUUAAAUUCCCAGACCAUAUCUUUGAGUAAUGAUACUUUAGCAAUAAGAGACAAAUCUGAUGAAAGGGUUAUUUAUCUGUUUGAACCCUUAUUUGGCAAGCCACUAGGAGAUGGAAAGCCCCUUAGUCAUAAGACAGAAAUCAUGGAGAUUGCUUUAGACCAGAAGGGUCUUACAAAUGAAAGGAAAAUUGCUUUUAUUGACAAAAACAGAGACCUUUAUAUAACUUCCGUGAAGAGAUUUGGGAAAGAACAGAAAGUUAUCAAAAUAGGAACAAUGGUGCAUACGUUGGCAUGGAAUGACACAUGUAACAUACUUUGUGGACUACAAGAUACACGUUUCACUGUCUGGUACUAUCCCAGUGCAGUAUAUGUAGACAAAGAUCUCUUGCCAAAAACUGUCUAUGAAAAGGAUGCAAGUGAAUUUAGUAAAAAUCCACAGAUUAUGAGUUUUGUUGGAAGUCAAGUAACAAUCAGGAGAGCUGAUGGCUCCCUUAUUCACAUCAGUAUUUCACCUUAUCCAGCUAUACUUCAUGAAUAUGUGAACAACUCAAAAUGGGAAGAUGCCAUUAGACUAUGUCGUUUUGUUAAGGAUCAAACAUUGUGGGCAUGUUUAGCUGCUAUGGCAGUGUCCAAUAAGGAUAUGAAUACAGCAGAAGUAGCCUAUGCAUCAAUUGGUGAAAUCGAUAAAGUUCAGUAUAUCAGUUCUAUCAAAGAUCUUCCCUCCAAAGAAUCAAGAUUGGCUCAUACUUUGCUUUUCAGUGGAAAUGUACAGGAUGCCGAAACAUUGCUUCUUCAGGCUGGCCUUAUUUACCAAGCUAUUCAAGUCAAUAUUAAUCUUUACAACUGGGAAAGGGCACUAGAACUUGCUGUGAAACACAAGACACACGUUGACACAGUUCUGGCUUACCGACAAAAGUUCUUGGAUGACUUUGGUAAAAAAGAAACGAAUCAGCGAUUUUUGCAAUAUGCAGAAGGGCUUGAAGUCAACUGGGAUAAAAUCAAAGCCAAAAUAGAGUUGGAAAUUGCAAAAGAGAGAGAACGAGCUGCAGCUACUCCAGCAGUCAGAACAAGCAUAACCAUACAGCGCUAAGUGCCAUGCUGAUUAUAUUAAAUAGUGGUUUUAUCACUCUUUGCUACUUCAGCAUACUGGUAAGCCUUAGUAUGAGUGUCUGUCUAUUGUGGGGUGGACAGUAAUGCCUGACUCUCGAGUCUUGAACCUUGUAUAGUUCUUUUUAUUGUUGAUGAAAUGAAUUUGUGUGUAUGUAAUCCCGUUAUGAACAACAACCCGACUCUGCUUAUAAUGUUCAUAUGAGAAGUUUGAAGGGGGCAUGGCAGAUAUUACUAAGAUCAGCUUCUCAACGGAAGAUUAUCUGUCUUGGUAGCACAGUCACAGCACAUGGAAUGUAUCACAUAAAUAAGUGGUCAGCUAUUCAGAUUACCAGCAGCCAAGUAUGCAAUUUCUUUUAAAAGCAGACCACUUGUUGUCUUAAAACUAAUGGCAUAGUUUAUAUCUAAUAUUAUGUCUAGUAUAAGGAAGCUUUUUUGUAUACAAUUAUAUGAGUCUGAAGUCUAAGCACAGACUGCAGUUUUGAAACUGCUUAAUAAUGAAUAUUGUAAAGGAAUUUAAUAGAACGUCCCGCUCCUUUUGUAAAUGCUUUUCUAAUUGCAGGGUUAACUUUAACACAAAAAACAUAAUGAGCCCUGCCAGUUUUUCAGCUAUUAUGGAACAAAAGUUGUUGAUAUAGAUGACAUACAAAAUAAGUAGGGAAUGGGGUAAUCCUUGAUUGUACUAAGUUUUGUUAAGUUUUGUUUGCAAGCUUAAACUCUGUACCACAAAUGUAGAGUUUAUGCAUACUCAUACAUAAAUAGAAGCUGAUGAAAUCAGAGAUACUGUCUUUAUUAAACUACUUUGUUCUAUCUGAGAAUCUGGUGUAUAAGUAUAUAAUUUUAAACAAUUUGAUUUCCUAAAACUACUUAAUUAUUGAUAAUAACACCUUUCUAAUAAAGGUUCACAGAUUCCAGCUACUUAAAUGAAUUUGUAAUUGGAAGCUGUAUCAUUUGCUUAUUUAUAUAUACAGUAUGCUAUUUUACUGGGGUAGCAAGAGUUAAACAUGACCGCAAGCCCUUUUAUUUUUAGCAUAGCUUCAUUAGUUGACCAAAUUAUUCCCAUUGUAAGAAAUAGCAUUAAUAUCCUGGCUGAUGAAUAAACAAAAAUGACAUCUUAUUUUAUGGUGAUAACAACAGUAAAAUAUUUUUGUACAGUAAGCAUAUUUUAAUAUAAAUUAUUACUUCAAAUCAUAUCUUAUUUUGUGACUGUUAUAUACAUCAUAUAAAAUGUAUGCCUUUGUUAAUAAAUAUUUCAGGUAUU